AUGAAAAACAUCUUGAUUUUGUUUAUCUUAGUCACUAUAAUAAAUGCAUUUCCAUUAACCUGCUCAGAAGCUGUGACUAUGGCAGAAUGCAAGGAUAUAAUUAAUGGAAUUCAUGAAUGCAUUUGGUAUGAAAAUACGUGUUAAUUGAAAUCCUGCUAAAAUUCUUAAAUCCCUUGUGAUGGAUUAGCUUAUAAAGGUGAACUCUGCGCUACUAGUAUUUAAGGAUGCAAAUCAGUCAAAUCUUGCUCAGAAAUUGACAAUUAACAAUCAUGCUCAUUAGUCAAACCAUAUGGAAUAGAAUGCCAUUGGGAAGAUUCAUGCAUAGUUAAGAAUUGUACUCACAAUUCACAAUCAAGUUGCAGAUAAACUAAUGGGGUGAAAUGCAUCUACUAAGAUCAAUAAUGUUCAUCAAUUAAACAAUGCUCUGAUAUUAUUGAAAAAUCAAGUUGUUUGCAAUCAUUAAUUCCAGAAAUAAAUUGCAUUUGGAUAGACAAUUAAUGUGUUGCAUAAACCUGUAAUCUCAUCCCAACUAAAGAAAAUUGUUUCAAUACUAGGAGGAAUUCAGAAAAAUGUUUUUUCACUCAAAAUAAAGAUCAAGAUAAUUAGUGUUUGAGUUGUUCCUAAUUAACUGAAUAAUGCAGAUGUAAUCAAUAUAGCAUUUUUGGUUGCCAUUGGUUAAAUAAUUCUUGUCAAGAAUUUAAAUUACAACUUGCAUGUAGUACUGAGGAUGAGUAAUAAUGUGUGAGUGAUAAAUAAUGCGUUUGGUAUAAACCGAUGAAUAAGUGUCUAACUAUCGAGAGUGCUUCAUUAAAUGACAGAGCUUGCGAUAUUUAUGUAUUUGGUUCCAUUUUACACAUUUGGAUACUCGUUGUUCUAAUAGUUUUUUGGUGA